AUGCAGCUAGAGGAGUCUGCAGUACAGAGAUGUUUCUUGGAAUGUGAGGACCGCCCUGUCUAUGUGAUCAGUGUGGUUGGAGAAAGGCGAACAGGAAAAUCAUUUCUAAUGAAUUAUCUUAUGAGAGUCCUUCGUAGUCUGGAGAAGACGAAUGUUUACAAUUUUGGAGGAGAAAACGAAGCCCUGAAUGGUUUCCCGUGGAGGCCUGGCCCUGUUAAGGUCACUCAGGGCAUCUGGGUUUGGGGUAAACCCUUCCUUCUGGAGAACAAUGGACAAAAGAUGGCUGUAUUUCUUCUGGACACUGAAGGCACCAAGAAUACAACAUUUCAUGAGCCUGCCAGCGUAAAGCUGCUUGUAUUAACCAUGAUGAUCAGCUCUCACCUUGUGUACAAUGUGAAGACCAAUGUAAAGAAGACAGAUAUAGACUAUCUGGAGAUUUAUUGUGAUCCAAUGGAAAGUGAUCCAUUCCACCCAUUCUUUGCAUUAAAGUGUUGA